CCCGUUUGUGGUUCCGCGGUCGCGCCUUCUGGCACCAGCUGGUCCAUGCGGCCGCAUUGCAGCGCCAUGGGACUGCGCGCCAGUCUUCGCGUGCUGCACCCCUGCAGCCCAGGGCGGUCCGGCAGCUUCUGCGAGAAGGACACCAGCCACCUGGUCCGCAGGUGGGCGCCGCGCCCUUGCCAGUUCGUCGCCUCGCGCAGCGGCAGCGAGUCCGAACCCGACGGGCCCGACGGCGCCGUGGACAUGCGGACGACGCCGGGGCACAGCAGCGACAGCGGCGAGGAGGGCGACACGGAGAAG